GCCUGAGGCAGUUGAAUAUCGGUUCGCAAGCUAAGCUUCCAAUUCCCUUCGGUACAAUGAAGUAAUGACGACGAAGGGACGAUAUAGAGAAAUCGACCAACCGGACAACGACCAUUGUUCAGCCAGAUCUUCACAAUGUCGAUUGACAGCACGGCACGAUAUGUGCCCAGCAAGACGCUCCCUAGCGAGUAUCCCCUCAUAGACAACGAUCCACACUUCAAGCGUGUCGUCUCAUACGCGAGGCCAUCCGAUUAUGCGUACGGUGCUACUGCGGCCGCGGCCGGACCCGGUCUCCUCACCUUGAUGGAGAAGGUCUCGCCAUCUUUGGUUGGCAGGGGCGGCUUUGCCCAGGCAAUGAGGCUUACGGGAGCUGUUGGGCUCACGGGGGGCUUCCUCCUGUUCUACCAGAGAUCGUGCUUACGCUUCUUCGGCAUGUCGGAGAACUCGCGCGAGGUUGACAUGGACAUGCGCGAGAUGGUGGACAAGGUCAAGAAGGGCGAGCCUCUGUACGGCGUGUCGCAGCUGACGCCCAACAUGCAGGGCGUUGCGGCCAGACAGUCGCGCUACUCGGCCCUGUUCCACGAGGUUGUGCCGUGGUUCAACUUUGUGAACCACAACCAGCAUGGAGUAGACACAGCCAAGUACUACAGGCAGGCUGAGCGAGAACUCGCAGCGGAGGGCAAGACCUUGAAGGAGUCUUCAUGAGUUGGAUACGACUGAGACUGUUCAACUUUGAAGAGCUCUGCGGGUGCUGGAACUAUGCAACGGCUUGGGACAGUAUGCGGUCACGAGACGUGACGACGCCACGCCACGUCAAAGGCGAAAGCCGUGCGUGUCUGCUGACAUGAUUCGAGUUUGAAUACGGGCAUGUGUGGCGCCAGCUAUGUACAUAUACACCUUCUUGAGGCGCCGACAUAGAGUCUGUCGACCUCUACAGAAGGCAAACACAAGAUUGAAUUUCAUGUCUCUCGGCCGA